ACUGCUGUUUCAGGACCGGAUCUGGAAUUUAGUAUGCAUGAUGGGACAAUUAGAGACUUGGCAUUUAUGGAAGGCCCAGAAAGCGGCGGAGCUAUUUUAAUAAGUGCCGGAGCAGGGGACUGUAACAUUUAUACAACAGAUUGUCAAAGGGGACAGGGCCUCCAUGCUCUGAGUGGACAUACUGGGCAUAUUUUGGCACUUUAUACCUGGAGUGGCUGGAUGAUUGCAUCUGGUUCCCAAGAUAAGACUGUUAGAUUCUGGGAUCUUCGAGUGCCAAGCUGUGUUCGUGUUGUUGGCACAACAUUUCAUGGAACUGGCAGUGCAGUGGCAUCUGUAGCUGUAGAUCGUGGACGUCUCUUAGCAACAGGUCAAGAAGAUUCUAGCUGCAUGUUGUAUGACAUAAGAGGAGGAAGAAUGGUGCAAAGUUAUCACCCUCAUUCCAGUGAUGUUCGCUCUGUUCGAUUUUCCCCUGGCGCUCACUACUUGCUAACAGGCUCUUAUGAUAUGAAAAUAAAGGUGACAGACUUACAAGGGGACCUCACUAAGCAGCUUCCUAUCAUGGUGGUAGGGGAACAUAAGGACAAAGUGAUUCAGUGCAGAUGGCACACCCAGGACCUUUCCUUCCUGUCAUCCUCUGCAGACAGAACUGUGACCCUGUGGACUUACAAUGGCUAGAGUACACCCUGGUUAGUCUCUGCAGUGAAAGCACAGAGACUUAAGACUACUGAAUUGUGAGAAUGGAAGAGCACAGAUGUCCACGGAAGUGGUUUAGAAGAAGCAAACUCCUUGUUACCGUGUAUCCUGUUGAUAGGAGGUGCUGGGUGGUGGUGUUCCGCAGUGUUUUCAGUCUCCAUGUGAGCUCCUGCUUCCGUAUUCUUCUUGCCAAAGUCUUUGGAAGAGCUCUUAUGUUGGCGUGCACGCCAAGUCAAGGUGGACUGUCUGUCCACGGUUUAUUGUUAAAUGCACCCCUUGGUCUUUGCCCAAAUAACAGUUUUAUAUACACAUUGAAACUGAAUUAUACUUCAAGUAUAUUGUUACACAUAAUGCAACUAAGUUUUACCAAGAUUGAACAUAGGUGUUCAGAAAUUACUUUGCUCUUCUCACAGCCCCAUAUUGUAUCAUUUGUCUUCUAGAGGCCAGAAUUUGGUAUGUCUCAAAAUUUACAUUGUCAUUUUCACUUAAGGAUCAUUAAGGAGUUUAAAGAUGAAUAGAAAACUGCUUCUUAGUUCAUUAGGUAGUAUAGGCCUUUUCUUUUUAUUAAACCCAGGGAUAUGGUUACUAUUCUGUCACAUAAUUUUGUUUCAGGCAAAAGAUAAAGUGCUUGCUUCAGUUUUUGAGUGCAGCGAGAGACCUCCCUCGUAAGCUGUACUGUAGAAGCAGAGCAGCAGCAGUGUGGGUGCAGUAUUUGAUGGUACUUAUCCUACUGGCUAGUGUUUUCCUCUUAAAAUUAAAAACUUUGCCAUAGACUAUAGCAUGGCUUGAAAUGCUAUGUCUGCAUGAUAAUUUAAAAUGAAAAAUUUAAACUUUGCACUCCAAGAGUUUAUUUGGAUUUUUUUCUUGCACUGUUUUGUGUAAUGCAGAUUAAUGAUCUUGUUGGUAUGGCA